CGGAUGUCGUUUCUGUGUUUUCUCUCUCAAUUAAGGAGCGAGGAAUGGAAUUUGUGCUGCUGGUGUCUGCUCCUCUUACGUCGCGUACAGUGGACAGGAAGCGUUUGCGUCAAGUUUCCUCGAAGAAUGGGAAUCUCAAGAAGUUUUGGAUGUGCUUAGACCAGAGUUUGCAGGGGAAUCGUGAGUAUUAUGUCAAUAAGCGUAAUGGUUGCAAUUCUGGUUCACAAAUAUAUAGCUCGAGUGGAGAAAGAUUACCUCUGAUCCCCGAAAAAAUUGUUAAAUCAGAAAGUCUCUUGCCUGAUAAUUCCACUUUAUCAGCUUUGCUGCUAUACUAUGCCCGUAAUGGUUUGUUAUCUAAAGCCUCAGAAAUUUGGGAGCAAAUGUUGAACAGUUCAUUUAUGCCCGAUGCUGAAGUAGUUUCUCAAUUGAUCUUUCUCUAUGGUGGCAUGGGAGAUUUUGGUAUGGUUGCAAAAAUUCUGCACCAAAUGCAACUGAAAGAUUCUGCACUAUUACCUGGUAUUUACAGUCUGGCUAUAUCUUGUUUUGGCAAGAGUGGUCAGCUUGACUAUAUGGAAAUUAUGAUUAAGUGGAUGGUUUCAAUGGGAUAUUCUGUGGAUUCCACCAUGGGAAAUGCUUAUUUAUUGUAUUACAGCACUUUUGGUUCCUUAGCUGACGCCGAAUCUGCUUAUGGUCGUCUCAAGAAGUCAAGGAUUCUCAUUGAAGAAGAAGGUAUUAGGGCACUCUCAUUUGCUUAUAUUAAGGAAAACAAGUUUUAUGCUUUAGGUCGUUUUGUGCAUGAUGUAGGUCUUGGUAGGAAAAACGUUGGCAAUCUUCUUUGGAAUCUUUUGCUACUAUCUUAUGCUGCAAAUUUCAAAAUGAAAAGCUUGCAGCGGGAAUUUGUAAGAAUGGUGGAAGCAGGAUUCCAUCCAGAUCUUAGUACAUUUAACAUUAGGUUACUUGCAUUCUCCAGAAUGUCUUUGCUAUGGGAUCUGCACUUGAGCCUCGAACAUAUGAAACAUGAAGCAGUGGUUCCUGAUCUUGUGACUUAUGGUUGUGUAGUUGAUGCAUACAUGGAUAGAAAACUGGGAAAAAAUUUGAAAUUUGCCUUGAGAAAACUCAACUGGAAUGAUUGUGUUUCUGUGUUGACAGAUCCACUCGUCUUCGAAGCUAUGGGAAAAGGGGACUUUCAUUUGAACUCAGAAGUAGUUAUGGAGUAUGUAAAGAAGAAGGAUUGGACCUAUAAAAUGAUAAUUGCUAUCUAUCUUAAAAAGAAGUUUCGGAGUAAUCAGAUCUUUUGGAAUUACUAAUUAAGUAUUGAGGAACUCACAAGUCUCGUUCUGAUCAUCAAUGCAUCUAUUCUUCAGUGCUCGUGUUUUUUGGUGAACAAACAGCUUCUGCUAUACCUAUAUAAAAGCACUGUCUAACCAACAGUUAAAUAUUUGAGAAGAAGUUAUGCCUAUAUUCUUGGCUGCUCAUGCUCUUUACUGGAACAUCAGCUUUUAGUAUUACUUGUUAAGAACUUGCAGAUAAAUGAGCUGCCUGAAUACAUGAAUUUUAUGCUUUGUCAGCUACAUCUUUUGCAGAAAGGUUGGUAACAGAUGAAUGACAAUGCAGUUUUCGUCCACCUCGGAGACCAGACAUGAGAAUCUGAUACUCUGGACUGAAUGUGCACCAGUUGUUGGUUUUGAGGUUUCUUAUGGUCCAAGAUACAAACUUCGGCAUGAUAGGUUAAAGAGAUUAAAGCCAGCUGAAGAGAUGAGGAUGUGUGGAUUAUCCAAUUAGGAGGAGAUUUAGGAAUUGAAGACGUAAAUUUCUGCCUAUUUUUUUUUUUCCCCCCCUGAUAUAUCAUCGUAGAAAUGGGAAAUGAGCAUUUGGUCCCUCAAAUUAGUGUAUAUUUUCAUAGUUGAACAGGGAAAAGUGUUACCUUGUAUAUAAUUGAACUGGACAAACUGUAAUCACCCCUUGUAGGAGAGUACUUAAGGGUUACCUUAUAAUUACAACAGAUUCUUGUAAUCAUAUGUCAAAUUUUUCUGUUACAAACAUGUCAUUGUAUUUGUAAUGGGAAUGCUUAAUUACAAUCA